AUCUUGGCAGUUUUUUCGACGAUGGAGGUAAAGGAGGAUGUGUGACGUCGUCGAGUCUCAAAUAAACAUAAAAUAUAUAUGUGAUAAUAUUGUUAUUUGUAACAAUAAAUAUUAGAAGAUAGUGUCCAAGUGUGAUAUUUAACAAUAAACACAAUCAAUAAUCUAGUCUGGGAAAACAUAAAAACCACAACCCCGCCAUCGGGGUUACAGUGCCAGUUAAUUUUUAUUGGUUAUGGGACGUUGAGGGAGCUCUACUCCAGAGUGCGGAAUUCGUUGUGCGCCAUUUUGAAAAAUUUCCUUUUACUAUUAUUUCUGUAGGACAUUUGAAGUGGUUCCAUGGAAGGUACGCUGGAAGAACCAGUGGUCAAGGACCCGUCUUGUGACGAUGAUGUAGCUAAAGAUGGAGUUGUUCAAAAUGGUAUUAAUGGCAACUAUGAUGACAAUGAGAAGCAUGACGACAUUGACGACAUGACAUCAAACAAAAUGGAUGCUGAUACGGCGGUAAAUGAUGAUGAUGAUGAUGAUGAUGGUGAUGGUGGCGGUGAUGGUGGUGGUGGUGGUGUAGUUGAGGAUGAGGAAGAAGAAGACGAGCCGGAUAAUGAUAAUAUUAAUGACAGUGGUAACAAAGAUACCGAUUCACAUGGCGAGGUUGAGCCGGAGGUCGGGGAAGAAGAAAUUGUUGAUCAGGAUCAAGAAGAAGAGGAGGAGGAGGAAGAGGAAGAAGCUGCUGGUCAAAAGAGUGGUGAAAGUGAAGUGAAUGAAGAUAAUCAGGAUGAUAAUGGGGAUGAUAAUGUAGACGAUAAUGGAGAUGAUAAUGGUGACGAUAAUCAGGAUGAGGAGAAAGAGUACGAAGCUAUGGAUGUUGACGCGCAGGAUAACUCGGACGUCGAGUGUCUUGAUGAAGAAGUUGCUAUGGAGAAUCACAUGGAAGUUGACGUUGAUCUUGAUGCCGAAGCUGAUGUUGACGGCGUUGAUGCUGAAAAACAGGCUGACGAUCAGGAUGAUCAUAUACAAGACAGUGAUGGUAUUCAGGAGAUUGAUAACGUUCAGAUUCUCGAUGACGAGAACGAGGACGACGACGAUGUCAGAGCCGUUUCUGAGAGCAGCGACGUUCAGCAACUUAAUGACAGUAUUGUUUCUGUUUCAAGCACUGGAUCAGAUUUAAAAAUUUGCGAGGAGAACGGCAGCAUCGGUAGUCCGGACAUCGAGGAAAUAAUAGACACCAGCAAAAGCAACGGUCCGAGUAAAAAUAAUUUGGAACGGACGCCGGUAAAGGAAUCAAAACCUAAAAAGUCACGUAAACAAAUUGAUUUGAGUAACAUCACACCGCGGCGCAGUUCACGCAAUAUAAAACGCACUAGUUAUAUCGAAAAAGAACCGGAGGAAGAGGUUGAGGUUGACGGGUCAUCGGAUAUCGAAGAAAUAAAACCCGAGGAUCCGUUGGCGUGUCUCGACAGUAGUGUUAGUAUUGGUAUAAGUAGUAGUAGUGGUGGUAGUAGUAGUAAUAAUAAUCAUAAUAAAGAUAAAGAAAAUUCAAAACUGAAGUCGCCUAUUAAAACAAGUAAAACGACGAUCGUUGUCAAUGACACAAAACGUCUUGUUGAAAUAGCCGCUGGCAGCAAAUCGUCAAAGGGUGGCGGCAAAAAAGAACCAACGUUGGUUAUCAUCGAUACUAAUUCAAUAUUAUCGGGACGUGGUGGUGUGCCCAUUGGUAGCAGUACCAGCAGUGGAGGUAAUUCAUCCCACAGUAAAUCAUCUCAUCAUCAUCAUCAUCACUCAUUAAAUACCUCUGGUUUCUCUGUAUUGCCGGUUAAUUUGAGCGGUACACAGACAAUGUAUCCCAACAUGCGUACCACAAUAACUCCUGUUCCCAUGACAUCUAAAAACACUGGACAUCCCAAAAUACCCAGCAGUAUAACGGCCGUACCGACGACAGUUACCUCUGGAUCGGGAUCUGGCUCUGGAUCAUCUGGCUCACAAAUAUUACCGACACUUACUGACGAUAUGUUUGUUGUGGAGGCCCCGUCCUUUAUUGUACCCUACGUUUAUGAGAAACCGCCGAUAAAACCGCUCAAAGAAUUCGUCACGAAACUGGAAAAGUGCAUCGAGGAAGUAGAGCGGGAUGAAAAAGCAGCAAAAGCCGCGGCAAAGAAAGAGGGUAAAAAAUCAGACAGAAAUCGAGAUUCAUCAUCUGAGUCGGGUAAAUACGAUGACAGCGACGACGGAGGUAGUGUUAAGAGCUUAUCCAGCAGAAAAGAUAAUCCGAGUGCAAGUGCGAGUGGAAGUGCUAAUGACUCGAUAGAUCUUACGGAUAUUAAACCAUUUGAUGAUAAAAAUAAAAUGUUAACAUACUUUGAUUUACCUCUUGGUAAAUUUUUUAUGCAAAUUGGGGUAAAUCUUGUACAAGAAUUCGUUCAAACAGAUUUAUUACGCACGCAAAAACGUAAACAGGGUAAAGGUAGCACAUCUGCAGAAACACAAAUGGCAAUAAAUUCAUUGAUUAAAAAUUUAGAAUUUAGUAAAGAAAAUAAUGAACCAUUCCACUUAGAUAUGAAAAAGUGUGAGUUUUGUAAUUUUAAAACAGAGUCGGCAUUAGUUAUGCAACAUCACUUGGAGACACCUCAUAUGCGCAAUUACGUGUAUAAAUGCAAUUUUUGUCCACUGGAAGUGCGUAGUCCGCAUGACAUUCUCUUCCACAUGGAAGCCGAGCACAACACACGUGGAAGACUAGAACGCGGACCGGCAUUCCAUCAGUGUCCAAACUGCCCCUUCGAGGACAACCAAAAGGGCAAACUCACGCGGCAUAUCCUCGCCUGUGCAAAGAAGUUCAGGCCCGAGCGCAACCUCGAGCCCUCAACAGAUUGGGAGCCACCGGCAAAGAUACCCCGGCUCAAUCGCUCACGUCCUGUGGGUUCCCUCAACACAAACGCCGCCCUGGCAAUGGCCAUGGGUGCUAAAGGACAACAACCUCUGUUACCUAAAUUACUACCUGCUCCAAUCGCCGGUCGUGGACGAGGACGACCGCCCAUGCAGCCCAGAUACUCGGACCUCAAGUCGCUAAGACCUGGUAGUACAUCUGUACGACAAGACAAUGUUACUGGAAUGAUGUAUCGACCAACGUCAUCAGGACUUUUAGUACCAACUUCUUAUCAAUUCGGUAGCAACCAAGUAUUCCAGAACUCGUCAACGUGUGUUAAAAAUCCGGCGGCAAAAUUGUUGAGUCAGCCGAGCAUAUCGAUAACACCAUUGCCACGUAGCACACAAGCCCCCAUUUCAAGCUCUGGGUCACCGUCAAAACCUGGAAAAAGCACAUUUGUCAUUUGCGAAAUUUGUGACGGUUAUAUCAAGGACUUGGAACAACUGCGUAAUCAUAUGCAAUGGAUUCAUAAAGUUAAAAUACAUCCAAAGAUGAUUUACAAUCGACCGCCAUUGAACUGCCAAAAAUGUCAAUUUAGAUUCUUUACGGAUCAAGGAUUAGAAAGACAUUUACUUGGAUCUCAUGGACUUGUUACAUCAAGUAUGCAAGAAGCUGCCAAUAAGGGAAAAGAUGCCGGGCGUUGUCCAGCAUGUGGCCGAGUUUAUCAAUGGAAGCUACUCAAUCAUGUGGCACGAGACCACGGCAUGACGUUAAAGCCCGCACAUUUAUCGUACAAAUGUACAGUAUGCACUGCGACAUUUGGAAUGUACAAGCAGUUCGAGAAUCACGUAUACUCAGCCCACAGUGUUGUCGCAAAGCGCGUUAUGGACAAAAAAAACGCUCCUUCAACGCCAUCAUCAAGAUCAAACGACUCUCUGCUUAAGCCAUUGAAAAUAAAUGACGAAAUAACAAUAAUACCACAGCCAGCAAAGACAACAAGAUCGAGUAGUUCUUCACAGGGACGAAGCAAAUAACAAUAGUCAACCAACGUGAUAUGUGUACUUUGAUUUUUAUCUUUUUUUCUUAACUUUCGAGAUAUAUAUUUCGCGUAAGUUUUUAAUGAUACUCUCAUUACUUUAUAUAAAUAAAUCUAUAUAUAUAAAUAAAUAAAAUAAAAUAAAAUAAUGAAAACAGAUGAGGAAAAAAUAAAUCCAAUACCGAACAAGACGGACAAAAUAACAAAUCGUAAUGCGCGUGCAUUGAACAAGUUUUUAAAUAAUUUUACAAGAGAGUUAUCCACUUGCGAAAGCUAAUUAAUUAAUUACUAUGAAUUUUAAUUAAUUGAUUAAUUAAUUAACAGACAUAUAUUAGUUGACUGCGUAAUUAUUCCAUCGAGUAUACCGAUCUAUUUAUUUAAGAAUUUUUAUUAUUGUUAUCGGACAUGCAUAAAAUAAUAUUAAUUAUAAUUAUAAUAAUAAUAAUAAUAAUAAUAAUAAUAUUAAUAAUAAUUAUAAACAAUAAAUAAAAUAGACUGUAAAAAAAUAAACAUUAAAUGGGUGGCCUUCAGUAAUAACUUUUUGGUUAGUCCUGAAGACGCGUAUUUCCCAGAUUGCCUACGAUUGUAGUUUAAAACAAAAUAAAAAAUUAAAAAAAAAAACAUGAAAAAAAAAAAAGAAAUUAAUAAUAAUAAUUAAAUUAUAACGAUUAGAUUUCGAUAACAAUCACACACACACAGUAUAUUUGUGUUUAAUGUCGUGUAUAUUUACGCUGAAAAAAUAAUUAUAGUAUAGUCCUUUAUAUAUAUAAAUAAAUAUAUAAAUAUAUUUUAUGAGAAAGAGAUUGGCUGACGUAUGCGUUUGUGCUUCUGCCCGUGAUCUCUGAAAAUAAAAAAAAAAAAAAGUAACUUGAUUUAAAGUAAAAUCAUUGAUUUAUUAACGUUUUCCCCUGUGGGAAAUAAAAAACUGGAUAGAUUUUCUCAUCUUUCUUUUUAAAAAUUGAAUAAAUAUUAUGAUAUAAUGAAUUUGUUUUUAUUUCUGUUUUUAAAAUAGAACCGCUGGUCAAGACAGCGAACUAAAAUAAAUUAUUAAAUUUUUUUUAGACGUGUGUUAAGUAAUUUAUAUAUGGUAUAAACGGUUGUCGUUAUCAUUACUAUCAUUACCAUAAAUUCAUCAUCAUGGUUAUCAUCAUCACUAUCACUAUCAUUGUCACUGUCAUUGUCAUUGUCAUAAUUUAUCAGCAGUCGUAUUCAUUUAAUGGGAUAAUUGGACAAACUGUACAUUGUAUCUGUCUAUAAGAUGGACGAAUAUUAAUUAAUUAAUAAAUAUAUAAAUAACAGUCCACGAUGCAUUGUAAUAAUAUAUAACUAAUAAGACAACUAUUAUUUUUGCCGACAGAAUAUUUUUAUUUAAAAAAAAAAAAAAAGUAAAAAAUAA